AUGGAUACCGUGCAUCUAGCAAGUCUGACAAUGUUGCUGGUGAAAGCAGUUUUCUCCCAAAGUGCUGAAGAUGUAGCUCGGGUCCACUCAGACCUGCUCACCAACCAGUUCCCUAAAGUUCGUCCCGAGAAGGACUUGUCCCAGGUGACAGUCGUCAACAUGUCGUUUCACCUGAUCUCAGUGAACGGUCUGGACACAGCUUCGCAAAAACUGUCAACCAACGGGUGGAUCAAAGUGUCGUGGAAAAAUACGUACCUGGAGUGGGACCCCGCAAACUACAGUGGAGUUUGGCGAAUAUUCCCAGAACCAGACAAGGUGUGGCUGCCUCGUCUGACUGUCAUCAACAGCCUCAAUGAGUUGAAGCCCAUCGGGACAAGCUACAGCUUCAUCAUGGUCACAUCUGAUGGAAUAACUUCAUGGUACCCUGCAGAAGUAUUUGAAACCUUCUGUGCAAUUAAUGUUAAACAAUUUCCGUUUGAUUUUCAAACGUGUAAUUUCGCUAUUUUCAACUGGGGAGAAAGCAAAAUAGAGGUGGAUCUUCAGGUGACUAAUGAUUCCGUGGAUCUGAGCACUUACUUCAACAAUAGUCAAUGGGAGAUGACGAACACGCGGGUCUUCAAAGAAUUCAUGAAGGUGGACGGCGAAUCGCAUCCGGUAGUUACCGUGGAGAUCACAUUGAAGCGUCUGAAUGUUCUGUUGGUCCUCACCGCUGUCCUGCCCAUCGAUGUGCUUUCAUUGAUCAAUGUCUUCGUCUUCCUCAUUCCUCCUCAGUCAGAAGAGCGUCUGUCGUUUUCCAUGAGCGCCUUUCUCUCCUAUGGAGUGUUCUUCAGCUUCCUGCUCGACUCCUUGCCUUCUUCCGGAGGAGAAGUUCCCCUGGCUUUGCUCCUAACUACCGUGCUGCUCUUUCUUUCUGCUGCCUGCAUCCUUCUGUGCAUCUUGACCUCGAUCCUCGUUCACCGUGAUGAUGUCACUCGUCCUGUUCCUGUCUUCACCAAGAAUGUGGUCCUGUGGCUGGAGGUUGUCCUCCUCAUGAAGAGGAAACCUUCGCGACUUCAACAUGUCAACAAGAUAAAUGUCGUCGGCGUCGCUGUGGAAGAAGUCACUGAAGAUUCCAUUUCCCAAGCGGUGUAUGCAAGAGAAGAUAACCAUGCUCGGCAGGAGCCGGUACUUCCGGUGACCUCCCAGCAGAGCGUCACGUGGCUUAGAUCAUUGAUAACUGGUGAGCUGUACUCAGCUGCGACCAUUGCUAACACCAUCCCCUAA